AGAUGGAUAUAGGGACGACAGAUACGAGAGGUCGGGUCGAGAUGGCUACAGAGGUAGUAGGUAUGAAAGAGGAGAUCGGGACUGGGAACGACGAGAUGGAUCGCGCGGACGGUUUGAGCGCGGGGGAGAUGCGAGAGAGCAGCGCGACGAGUCGCGGGGGUGGUACAAACGAGGGGACCGACGCGAUGAGUCACGAGGGCGAUAUGACUCGCCGGAAUGAUUCGCGAGGGCGGUAUGAGCAAGGAGGGUCUGGAGGAGACCGGCGCAACGAUUCGCGCGGUCGGAAUGAGAGAGGCGGAUAUGGCGUUUCAUCAGAACCAUAUCCCAAGUCGCCUGACCCCAAGGCCGCCAGGAGUUCGAUCUCGAGAAGCGCAGACGACAGGCCAUCUACUCCCAGGAACUCAUGCGUCUACUGUAGAGGAGAAGAUCAUAUCAAGAGGGAUUGCCCGGACCUUAAACGGGCAAUAGAUGAGGGACUUGUCGUGCUUGAUGACCGCAAGUAUGUCAAGUGGGCAGAUGGUCUAGGAGAUGUAUCGAUGUUCCCUUCGAUGAAGGAGAAUGUCGAAGCGAGGAGAGUAAAGCCGAGUAAAGAAAAGGAGUCGGUCAGGAGCCAGAGCAUCAAGAUAACCUUUGAGGGGGAUAUGGCGACCACACCCAUAAGGGUGGCAGCCACCAAGUCGGCGAGAGGGUCUACAUCGAAGAAGACUGACACAGAUUACGUGAUGACGGACAAGGACGGGCAGUGGGUCGAUGGAGAGGAGGUUAUCCUUUCGCCGCGAAAGCAGGGAGUGAAGAAGUUCUUAAUGACGAGUUCGCUGGACGAGAUUGACACGGUCGAGACACUGAGGCGGGCCCUUCGGCAGCCCAUGCGGUGCUCUAUUCUGGAGUACCUGGCGGCAUCGAAGCCGGCUCGUGAUGAGUUACAGAUGAUCACGCGGAAGACUCGCAUACCCCUAUCGGAGGAGGGUCAGGGUGUCCCUAAGGCGGAAGCUUUUACAGUAGCAGUAACGACGGUGACUGCCAGAGCGGAUCGCAUGGCGACAGUCCUUCUCGAUGGAAUGGAAGUACUCGAUGCUGUGAUCGAUAACGGCAGUGAGGCUGUCAUCAUAGACGAGGACCUGGCAGUACAGGUUGGACUGGGCCUCGACAUGUCGUACCUAUUCGAGAUAGAGACGGCUGAUGGGAGAAAGCAACAGAUCACUGGGGUUUGUCACAAGGCAGCCAUAGAGGUCCAAGGGGUACGAGUGACCCUGCCUGUCUUUGCAGUCAAGAACUGCAGCUCCGACCUGCUCUUGGGUCGAACGUGGUUGAGCCACGUGCAUGCGGUGACGAUAGAGCGACCCGAUGGGAGCCAAACAUUGUCCAUUAAGAAGCCAGACGGGACGCGGGUAAUGAUUGAGACAGUGGAGCAUUGGGACCCGAGGAACAGAGCAGCUCUCGCUGUGGGAGCGGGACCCAAUGAUCAGAUUAAGUCAUUGCCUAUCUCCGGCCGCGCGGUGCGAUUUCGCGAGAAGAAAUAUGGACCACUGCUCACAGAGGAAGAAGGUCGGAUCGUGGAGGUGGAAGAUUUAGGGAGUCGGCUAAUAGUGGACGGCAACUCGUACCCAAAGGAAAAAGAUGAGGAAUUUGGCGGUGUGGUAUCCGAACGAGAGCGUGUGAUAGAAAUCCGGAAGACAUGUGAUAAGGCCAUAGCUUUUAGUGACGCAGAGCGCGGUAGGGUUGACCCUCGAUACGCUAAGCCAGCAAGGAUUUACACGAUACCACAUGUUCCCUGGAAUGACGCGGGAUGGAAAUACGCCCAGAAGGAGAAGGAAGAAGUUAUCGCUUUCCUGAAAGAAAAGAUGGUUUCCCAUGUUGCGGAGCCGUCUGAUAGCGUUUAUGUUAAUCGAUGGUUCUUCCUACGAAAGCCGAAUGGCAAGAUCCGAUGGAUCCAGGACCUUCAAAAGGUUAACGCGGUGACGAUACGAGACGUGGGCUCCGUGCCACACGCCGAUUUACUGGCAGAAGGCACCGCAGACCCGACCAUUGCACGAUGGUUAAUACGGAUUCGACUAUAUGAUUACACGGUUGAGAGGAUAUCUGGCACUAAAAAUGUCGUGGCAGAUGGACUUUCGCGCAUCCCUCUUGAGGCCGAGCGCCCGAUAGUAGCCGGGGCCCUGACUAUGGCAGAGCCAGGACGCACCGAGCAAUUUCUGGUUAACCUUUACGAGGGCAAAUACCGAAUGAUCGGGUUACAUUUGUCAGGAAAGGAGAGUCAAGAAUCAGAUAUCCGGAGACAAGCGGCCCAGUACUGCCUUAGAGCUGGCCAUCUGUUUCGGAGGCCGGGCGGCUCGGGGAUGCCCUUACGAGUAGUCUGUAACCCUGAGGAGAGACAGACGAUAGUUGCGGAGCUUCACGACGGGGUAGUUGGAGGACAAAGGGGAGUCAAAGGAACCUACAAAAAGGUACGCGGGUUGUACUGGUGGGAAGGACAGUUUAAGAACGUCGAGAGGUACUGUAUGACCUGCGAAGAAUGCCAAAAGAGAGCUCUUGUCAAAUACAAAGAGCCACUUCAUCCAUCCUAUCUAACCAGACCAGGAGAGAAGGUACACAUCGAUCUUGUGAAGAUGCCGAAAGGGGUCGGCAAUAUGAACUAUGUCGUGAACAUACGAGACGACUUCACGGGGUUUGUGGACGGUAGGCCUAUCAGGAGUAAGGCGGCAAAGGAAGUGAAGAACUUCGUCCUAGAGUACUUAUCUAGAGGACGACGUCGAAGAGGAGAACAGCGAGAGGGAGAGAGAGAGAGAGAGGAUCGUGAGGAAACUAUGCACGACUGCGAGGGUGGGGAGUCUCAACAAUACUAUGAGGAGGACGACGGGGGCGAUGGAAAAAACGAUCAUGCCUAUCCUGUACGUGAUGACGAUGGACGCCAAGAGCGGACGGCUGAUGUGGGGGUCGACGACGCAACAGGAGAUCGGUCGGAGGCCAGUGUCCAGAAAAGGAAGCGACAAUCUUCAACAAGUCCAACGGCGGCAGCGGAUAAGCGCGCUGCGAAGAAACUCACUGUCGCUGCAUCUCGACAGGCGCUCAAAGCUUCUCCUGAGGCAGUCGCUGAAAGCGCGAAGAAACGAAAAGGGUCCGCGUCGACAAGGGCGACAAAAGCGGAGAAACGUCCACCGAAAAGAAAGCAGAUGGUGGAUGAGGGUGACUCUGGAGAGGAUGCCAAAGGGGUUCCUCCAAGAGAUGUGUCGGAACAGACACAACCUUCUGCCGACACCCGUGAUGAAGUCAUCGACACAACACGGUGCUUCUUCUUGGAAUUCGAUGAAGAUGGGUUUGCAAAGAAGAAAAGGGAACACAUUGAAGUGGACGUCACGAAGAUUUUGCCAAUCCCUGAAGGUGACAUCCUCUUCAAUCAUAGAUCGUUGGACGAAACGUCGGUGCAGUCCAUAUAUGAUGCGAUCCAUCAUGCGGCCAAGGAAACCAACGGGAAGUGGGAUUUCAUGACUUUCAUCCUGGCUCCCAUUGUGCCCGACACGGAUGGGUCUCAAGGCAAACGGAUCACACCGGAGAAAUUCGACGUCGAACUGGCUCAUACAUACAACUAGAAUGGCCGGAUCCAUCCACCAGGGACCGUGUCCCCGAAUGACGUCGAGGGGAUGAAACGGAAAAAGAAAUGGGAAGAGUUCAUGAACGCCGCCUGCAAAAUGACACCUGAUUCCGGUCUCAUGAACUCGUCCCUGGAGAACGACUACUGCAAGGACUGGACGAACAAGAUGCGCGGAUACAUGAAUCUUGCGCAAUGCGGCGAAACAGUAUGGCCACUAGUACAAAAAUUCUUCAACAUGUACGAGAAGGGGCUAUUGCCGCGAGUCGACGGUGUGAGAUACAUCGACCUGCCGGGGAAAGUGGAAGGGAGGCUGCCUGGGCAAUACUUCCUCAAGGACAACUCCGACAAAAAAGUCCUAUUCCACUGCAUUAAGGCCGGGAAGGGGCCACAAGGCGCAACGGUGUCUAUACCUGACUUGACGCCGACAAUCUCCAAGCUGUUCGACGAUAUAACAGCGAGAGAGAAGCAAGUGGCGCUUCACCACAUGAUGCGUGGUGAUGUCAUCGUGACAUCACGUUCGGUACCUCGUGGUAGAUGCAACAUGGCGAACCUGGUUAAAUAUACUCGGCGUGAAAGAUAUAUAGUCCGUAUGUUUAACUACAUAUUGUUCAAGGCCGAGGGGAGGUCAAAAGAAGAGUGGAGCGCUGACUUUUUCAUCGGUUAUACGACCAUCUUGGAGCGGUACAACAAAAACGGCCUGAUGGACGAGAAAUGGGCCGAGGAACGCGACCGCAUCCCUGACGACAAGGCGAGGAAGGUGCCGAGGCGUUUGGGCGAUCCUGAUGAGAUUAAUGGUGAGAACGGUGUGGAACUGGAGGCAACCCAAGGCAUGUACAAGGAAACCCCGUUCCACCUCAAGUGUUUCAUCUACGAGGCAAUCGACUACUUGGACGACCUGAGAGCAGAGGUUAAUCGGAUAUCCUCCAGUGCUUGUCACAUAUUUUGGGAAGUGGGGAAGAGGAUUACCACGAUCCUGCCAUUUGAAAUAGAACCAAAGAGAGUGCUCACCGACAACGAGGAGGUUGAUGGUACGGCGAGGGGGAUGAAGAUACGGGCAACCAUUCUUGAAAUGUCAACAUCACCGAAAUGUGUUCCGUGGGAUGAUGACGCCUUUUCCAAACUGUACGCUUUUCUCAUGACAUGCUGUGGCGAAAAUUGGGCCUUGAUCAUUUUCGCGCCGAUGAAACACCAGAAACAGGUGAUGCAGAGUGUGUACAACUGGGAUGAUGUUGAGGUGCUCACAAGGUCAUGGUACAGACACUAUACACCUUCGACAACCUUGAGCAAGUACGACAACAUUGCAGUUCGGUACACUGACAUGAUGGCUAUUGUCCUCCACGCCGGGAACAACAAUUUGGACAAUAUAACGGUUCCGCCGAAAUUGCGAGCCGAGUUGACAAAUUUGAACGUUGAAGAGGGUGAAUUUGUGAGGUGCUCAGGGGAGUGUAUCGGCGUGGACGGCGACACCGACGCGAUUUAUUCUUGGAUGGAACGAGCGCCAGCACGUUCGAAAAGCCCCAAGUCGAGCACCGCAAGGACCGGGAUAUUUACUACAAGCUCGGGGGAGAAAGUGUGGGCUUACUUGUUCGGUGACGCUCCACGGACGGUGGUUGGUAACGACUACGUCAUCAGGAAAAGUGAACUCGAGAUAAAAAUGAACGAGUACCACAGAUCGCACAUGGGUGCUUUCCACGUGUUCGUAGCACGUUGUAAGCAUCUGUAUUUCAAUAUGAAGAAAAGUGCACUGUCAUGCAGGGACUAUGCGGACUUGGCACGUAAAGCGGGGAACUUCAACAACAUCGAUUGUGACGGAGACACGUCAGACUCCGACCUGGAUGUUCCGUCGCACGCGACACGACGUUCGGCGCAGGGAGCACGUGCCGAGGAACCACAAGGGAGCACCAAUGCAGAAGCGGAGAAGGCGAGGUCGCGUUUGGGAGCGACACAUGCUAGUGAGGGAGAUGUGGAACAUAGAAUGAAUGCAAGGGGAGAAAAGAAUGGUGUACCAACGAACCCGGUGGGUGCGAGUGAGGGAAUUGUUAACUCACGGGGCAACACAGGGGGAGGAGAGAAUGGGUGUGAAAUGACCCCGCCGACAGUUGGACCGUCAUCGACACAUGCACCGCAGGCCGAGCAGCGAACGCUCACAUCGAUGGACACAGAUGAAGAUGAAGACAUGGAUAUGACAGCAGCCAUGCCGAAGCUCGUGCCAGAAAAACCGUUACCUCAAGGCUUUGCUCAAGACCCUUCAGUGUUAUACAUGCUGCAAGACAAGUACAAGGAGUCAUCGGGGGAGGACUGGGGUCAUCAUAUUCUCUGGCAUGAGGGCGUGUUCAAACCGUGCGUGUUUGCGGGCAAGUGGCAAACAACUGUGAAGACAAGAGACCGCGGGUGGGUCGCGAAGGAAAGAAAGGACGUUGCGAUAUGGCACUGCGUGACGGAGACGCAACUUUUUCGGCGGGUUGCACAAGAAAAUGUGGGUGCAACCGAGGUGGCCGUAGCGGGAAAGGCGAAAACUUUGUUUGAGCAACUGCGUGCGAACAAACAACUAGAAUUCAGCACAAAGUUCUACGACCUUGCAUCAAGUGUGUCGUAUGGCUCCAUCGAUUGGAAAAUCAAACAAGUGUCAGCAGUGCAACGAAUCGAUAGCAUCACCUCUCUGAAGACUCAAGACGUCAUCACGUCUAACACCAUCGUUGCGAUGGCCAGAGGGGAUGCAGGUUGCGAAAUGGACACACCUGCGAACGCAGGUCACAUACAGAAUGAACAGUUGCGAGCAUGUAUUCAACAAAGCACACAGAGAAGCGCAAUGGGGGAUUCCACUAUGAUACGCAAGGACGGCGACGACAUGGAGUCGGGCACAUUGAUAGAGCCGCCAACGCGCGGGGUCGACGAUGGGGCAACAAUCGUUGGAUCUUUCGGGUCUUUCGUCGCGACAGUGGCGGCGAGGCAAGGCGUAUCUGAAAUGAUGGAGACCGAUGCGGACCAGGAUGUUGAAAGCCAGACCGUGAAGGUGGCGCCAGAGCAGGUGGCGCCAACAACAGAGGAGACGAAGAAAGGUGAGGGAUCUCGUGAACACAUUUCCGUAAUAGAUAUGAGAUCGGAGAGUACAGGCGAGGAUAUGAUCCAAGAUAACGACCAGAAAGAUGACGACGCUGCACCACGAGUGGAAGGUGACGACGAAGAGGACGCGCAACGACCGAGACGGUCAACGAGAGCAGUAAUUAAAAAAAUUGUGUUUGAUGCGUAGGAAAGCCUUAGACGGGUAUGGGCGUUUACACGUUUCAGGUUAUAUUGAUGUGUCGCCACAAAUCAUGAUGCGAUAUUCACCGGUCCUCACAUGGGGUGUCUACGCAUUUCUUGUUAAAUUGAUAGGUUGCCGCUGGGUACUAUGUUAGAAAACUAUGUUAGACAGGAAUGAGUGUAAACGCGUUUUGGGUUAUAUUGUUGUCUUAAUGGAAGUGUUAUUGUGACACUGCAAUUCUCGAAACUAUAGUGUCGAUAAUAGAGGGCGCCCCAUCUCGAUACGUGUGUGUGUGUGUGUGUGUGUGUGUGUGUGUGUGUGUGUGUGUGUGUGUGUGUGCAUCUGUGUGAGUAGGCAGAGGUCGACUCGUCACCAGCGUUAGGUUGUGUGUGUGGAUUAAAUUGUAUGUGCGUGCUUGGUACGGUUUUAUAAUAAAGACAUAUGAAAACA